CAAAAGAGCAGAUCUUAUGAACGCGAUGGGGGUGACUUGAAUCAGGGCCCAUUCUGUCAUGUCCAGGAUUGAUUGAUGACUAUCACGGUCCUGUUUUGCCACAGCGUUUGCCAGUGGCCAGUGACGGAGAGCAGGACCGUGCAGCAGACUGUUGAGAUGCUGACCAGACGGAUCGAGGUCCUGGGAGCUGUCAAGGCUGGCAACUUCUGCGUGGACUGCGAAACGUACCAGUCUACGCAAACGAUCAAUUCUACCAAGUUAGUGCAUCUGAUGCAUAACAGUGAGCAACCGCUUACGUGUUUUGGUAUCACAGACACUGGGGCAUGUCUUAUUACCGACGGUCAGUUUGAGGGUAUCAUGCAAAAGCUCAAAGGAUUCUACACUCCCAGGAAGUCAGCCCGCGUGGAGUCCAAGGGUCAACGGUUUGAGCUGGGGGACUUUCUGGUCAAGAUUGGCAUUGUGUCCAUCGGUCCACACACCAAGGGGAUACUUGUAGAGGUGGAGUACACCCCAUGCAUUGUGGUACCAGACUGCUGGAACCUUCUGCACGAAUUCAUGCAGAGCUUCAUGGGCAACCAGUCGCCCAGCUUGCCUACGACCCUCCUGUCCAAGCAGGACAUGCCCGUCACUCCCAUUGACACCAUGGUGCAGUACCUGGAGCACUUCAAUAACUUCAAGAAGGGAUCAGCCGGGAGGUGAAGGGAAUAAGCCCUCAGCUCGUCAUCAUCAAAGCCCUCCAAAAAUCGCCACAGUGAACCCUGCCAUGUAGGAAUGUGGCUGAGGCAUGGUCACAAAAGUGCACAUCCGUGUCCUGCUGUAGAUUAAUUCCAAGAGUAUGGACCCGUUAAACAAAUGGGAGAGGAUGUUCCUCGCAGUGGUGUGCAUGAUGGUGGGCAAACCUACUGCAGCUUGCGAGUAAUUGAGUGAAUGCAGCACUUACAUGCACGCAUGACCUGAGUAACUUCACGUGGCCGUCUGGUGAACAGCAGCAAUCAUGUUUUUUGAUUCAUUGGCUCUGAUUCUCAUUACACUGCAGACAAUGACUUUGCUUGCGCAUUGAGAGCCUUACUGGGCAAUGAAUUGAGCUAAUACCUCUCACAGAAUUUUGUGAAGGAAGUCAAAGUUACAGAAACACAGAGCAUUGUGGGAUAUCUGCUGCCCUUACAUUGUAUCGAUGCCAAUGUAUACAGUGCCCACGAGUCAUGGGCAUGCCAAAGUAUUGAUCCGUCUCAGUAUUCAGAUGAACUCUACCCAGUGAGAGCUCGAACAAAGCCACGAUGUUCUCCAAACCAUUGCCUCCAAAAGGAGUUGAUUUUGAAAGCCAUGGGUCUAUCAAUGCAAGAUAAUGAACACAUCUUAUAUUAAAAAACCUAAGGGUUUAAAAGCGUAUAGACUGCUUGCACAGUUUUACAGCCGUAUCCAGUAACCGAUUUCUGAACCUGAAUAAAGCUCACUGUUCCCCCCCGAUUUUUAGCAUUUUUGUUUCUUCUUUUCCAUGUACAGGAAUGCAGGGUUGUGGCAACAAGGGUCUUGAACUGAACACUACAGAAUUUUUGGGCUUAAAAAAAAGAGGAAAAACAUGCUUAUUGCAGUCCUAUUAGGAACGAAAGCAAGUUCCCAACAGAAUCUUGUGGUGUUGCCAGAAGGAUUGCUCCGGUGGAA